CAUGUCUUUGAUUUGGCUCCUGUUAUAUGCAUACAUCCAUGCCAUUUCUGGCAUGAUCUUAUUUGGGGACAUGGCUGAUCAGGACAGCCCCAUUAGUGUGAGUAUCCCUGUGGAACCACCACUGCGUCCCCUAUUGGGGGGAAGCAUGAUUAUACCUUGCUACUUCCAGGAAAACACUGUCCAGGACCCUGGCGCCCCAACCACUGCCCCACUGCCCCACCGUAUUAAGUGGAGCUACAUCUACAAGGGCAGAAUAUCUCUUAUUCUUGUUGCCAGUGGGGGCAUGGUGCAGGUUGAGACAGACUACGUGGACCGGGUUCAUAUGGUAAACUACCCCAUGGUGCCAACUGACGCCACCAUUGAGAUCUCAGAACUCCACUCCAGUGACUCCGGCACCUACCGCUGUGAGGUCAUGCAGGGGAUUGAAGAUAACUAUGAUUCUGUAGAAAUGCAAGUCCAAGGCAUUGUGUUUCACUACCGAGCAAUAUCUACCCGAUAUACCUUGACAUUUGAGAUGGCAAAGGCAGCCUGCAUCCGGAACAGUGCUGUUAUUGCAACUCCCGCACAGUUGCAAGCUGCCUAUGAUGAUGGAUACCAUCAAUGUGAUGCUGGCUGGCUUUCAGACCAAACUGUGAGGUAUCCCAUUCAUGAGCCAAGGGAGCCUUGCUAUGGAGACAAAGAAAAUUUCCCAGGGCUACGAACAUAUGGAGUCAGAGACAUCAAUGAGACCUAUGACGUGUACUGUUUUGCAGAGAAAAUGUCAGGCGGUGUGUUCUACUCUAUGUCUGUGGAGAAGUUCACCUUUGCAGAGGCUGAAGACCAGUGUGCAAAGUUGGGAGCCCAACUGGCCACCACAGGGCAACUCUACCUAGCAUGGAUGGCUGGUAUGGAUGUGUGCAAUGCUGGCUGGCUAGCAGACAGGAGUGUGAGGUACCCCAUUAACAUAGCUCGACCCCAGUGUGGUGGGGGGCUUUUGGGAGUGCGAACGGUUUACCUGUUUCCAAAUCAGACUGGUUAUCCAUACCCAGACUCCCGCUAUGAUGCAAUCUGUUAUGCAGAAAAAGACGAUAAGGUUUCAACAAAGACCUCACCAUUUCCUAAAAUAUACACUACCACGGAUUCCAUGUUCAGUGUGGCUACAGUCACCUCAAGCCCUUCAGACUAUACUGAAGAGGUGACCACAGAAGGGGAGGUCCGUGGCCAGCUAGUGACAGAAGAGCCUCUUAACACCACAAGCAUAGAGAGUCCUCUACCUUUACCUCCCAACAUAACUGAGGUUGAGGAGGACAUUAUUAAUGUGGCCACGGCUAUGCCUUACUUGGGAUAUGAGAUUCCCAUGGACAAUGUCACUGCUGAAACUAAGGGAGUGGUAUUCCACUAUCGCGCUGACUCCAGACACUAUGCUUACACCUUUGAGGAAGCACAAGUGGCAUGUCAGAAGCUGGGAGCAGUCAUAGCCACCCCUGAGCUUCUUCAGGUGGCUUAUGAAGCUGGCCUUCAUCAAUGCAGUGCAGGUUGGAUACAGGACCAGACUGUCAGAUAUCCAAUUGUGCAUCCUCAAAAGAAGUGCUCUGGAGAUCAGAAGGACCUCCCUGGUAUACGCUCUUACAAUGUUAGGCCUGCACAUGAGCGGUACGAUGUGUACUGUUAUAUGGACCAGAUAAAGGGGGAGAUCUUCCAUGUGAGCUCAUUAGCAGGCUUCACCUACUAUGAAGCUGUUGCCUAUUGCAGAAAACUGGGUUCUACUCUUGCUUCAACUGGAGAACUGUACGCCUCAUGGAAUCAGGGUUUCCACAAGUGCAGUCCAGGCUGGCUGUCUGAUCGCAGUGUCCGCUAUCCUGUCCGCAACCCAGGCUUUGGUUGUGGUGAAAACAAGACAGGAGUGCAUACUAUUUAUGCUCAACCAAACCAAACAGGCUUCCCAAACCCAUACUCCAGAUAUGAUGCAUAUUGCAUCAAAGCAAAUCUGUCUAUGCUGCUUGAUGAAGAUAUGUUGAACACUACAAAGAUGGGGAAGGAUCUUAACAUGACGGACAUAACAGAGCUGCUGAGACCUGUUCGUCCAAUUGUACCUCCCUUGCUUGUGGACCUGUCUGAAUCUGGAUCGGGCUCAGGCUCAGCAUCAGCAUCAGGUGAUCCUAAUUCCAGUUCUGGGUACAUGUCAGGGAGUGGCAUACCCAGUGGGAGCAUAUCCGGUUCUGGCCAAAGUGGUGAUGGAUCAGGUCACCUUCUGAGGUACCAAGAAGGUGCAGAUACACUCAUGUGGCAGACUUCUGCCUCGGGCAGCUCUAUGGAGGCAAGAGAAGGUAGUGGCAGUGGCAGUGGUGUUAUCAUUACUUCAGUAUCAUCAGGGGAUCAAGAAUCUGGAGAGAAAUCUGGACUCUUUUAUGAACAAAGUGGAGCUAGAGGCCUUCCAUCGGGACUUGACAGUGGAUCUAGUGGUUCAGGAACAAGUGGAUUCUUCAGUGGUGAGGAAUCAAGCCGUCCAUCAGGACUUGGCAGUGGAUCCAGUGGUUUAGGAACAAGUGGAUUCUUCAGUGGUGAGGAAUCGAGUGGGUCAGGCUUCUCUGGUGUAUCAUUUAUAAACACAGAAAUUAUAGAUCUGACUGCAAGUCCUUCUGGAGAACAGGAAUUGUCUGGGGUUUCUCCGUUUGACUUGACUGAUGUUAGUGGUUUCGGCUCUGCUUCCGGCCCUGCUAUUGGAUCUGGCUCUGCCUCUGGAUUUGGAUCUGGCACCAUCAUUGACUUUGCAUUUGGCUCUGCCAUUAGCUUUGGAUUUGGCUCUGCUUCCGGAGCUUCAGGUUAUCCCAGUCAUCCCUCAGGUGAGGUAUCUGGCCACAUUCAGAGUCAGGAUGGAAAGAUUGUCAUUCUAACGGACGAUGAGGUCGAGUUGACGUUUAGGCCUACAAUCGGAACAGAACAGGGUCGUGGAUCAGUGGAGAUCAGUGGAGAGGGCAGUAGUCAAGAACAUUAUGCUGAGGACCUCUCCAUAUCUCUUUCUAAUAGUACUUCAUAUGAAGAUUAUUGGAGUGUCAAUGAAACUGUUGAUCUCCUACCAGAAAGACAUAUGCAACUUAAUGUCAUCACUGAAGCAUUUGAUGUGACUGAUCAGUCACCACUGAACACAACACCGCCAACCACUUCUAUAAUCAUUACUUCACCUUCAGCUUUACUACAAACACCAAAAGCUAUGGAGCUAUCUUUAACUGAUGCUUCUGCCAAUUCCUGCAAUCCAAACCCCUGUGGUCAAGGUUUAUGCUCUCUACAAGGUGGCAUUGCAGUAUGUCAGUGUCAUUUAGGAUUCAGCGGGGAAAACUGCUUAACACCGGUACAGGGAUGUACUGAAGGGUGGAUGGAGUUCAUGGGCAGCUGUUAUAUCCAUUUUGAUGAGCGUGAGACCUGGACCAGUGCGGAGAAGCACUGUCAAGAGCUAAACUCUCACCUGGUUAGCAUUUCCUCCCAACAAGAACAAGAGUUUGUAAAAAAUCAAGCUCAUGACUAUCAAUGGAUUGGACUAAAUGACAAGGAUGUGCAAAAUCAGUUUCGCUGGACAGACGGAAGCCCUUUGGAAUAUGAAAACUGGAGACCCAAUCAGCCAGAUAAUUACUUCAGCACUGGAGAAGACUGUGUUGUAAUGAUAUGGCAUGAGGAUGGCCAGUGGAAUGAUGUACCCUGCAACUAUCAUCUUCCUUUUACUUGCAAGAGUGGACCUGUCACAUGUCCAUCGCCUCCUGAAGUGAAGAGUGCCAGGAUGUUAGGCAACAGCAAAGAUCGCUACCCUGUUAAUUCCAUCAUUCGAUACCAGUGUGACAGUGGAUUCACACAGCGCCACCUUUCAGUGGUACGUUGCUUACCUGACGGUCAGUGGGAGGAGCCUAAAGUGGAAUGCAUAGGAGGCAAAACAAACCACAGGCUACGGAAAAGAUCCCUCAAGACACGUCCCAAAGCAGUCAAUAGUCGAACGUGGAGGAAAGUCCUCUAAACAAGACAAAAAACACACCUCAAAACAUCCAGAGGACUGUUAUUAAUAAAGAUCAUCUCAAAGACAAGGGAAUAACUUAUGUAAUGACAAACUUUACUUAGUCUGUCUGGCUGAUUGGUUUACAAGUGCUACUCAGAGCUAUGUUUUGGGGAAAAGAAAGAUAUCUGGGUUUAUUUAAAUUUAUUUAAAUAGGAUUUUAUUCCUCCCGCUUACGUAACUCCUGGGCCACAGGAGAUAAUCUAAUCUAAAAAGAAUAGACUACAUUUCACAGAGCCCCCCUUGAGUUUUCACUUUAAUUAUUACAUAAUCACCACUUAGUCCCUAAAAUAAAAGCAAAGCACAGGAAUUUACUUUACCAUUAGUGCAAGUCUUAAAAGUUUUCCUCCAGGCCACAAGGUAACACUAAUGCUUACUUGUGUGGACAUUUUCCCACUUUCUCUCUAACAAUUGGCACAAUCCAAAACUGUGAUGUGGCUAUGUAUGUUCAGAAUGGAAGACUAGCUUACUACUUAGUGAAUAUGGCACAGUAUACUGCCUACCAUUUAAAAAAAUAAAUAAAAAUAAGUGAAAGAGUAGGCAUUGACAUGACCAUCACAUGACCUAUUACUCGGCAUAUGAGCAAAGGUGACAAAAUUUGCAUACUCUGCACAGUAUACAUACUACAUACUGCAGCAAUAGUAAAGGUAGUGCAGAAUUAUGCAGAAUAAACAUUGCCUCUACAAUCCCCAAUUUCGCCCCUAUUUCAUACUUAAAAGGUUAGUUCACCCAAAAAU